GCUGCGCCCGGUACUUGGGUCGCUGUCUGAGGCGCAGGCGUAGUGCGCUCCGCCUGCCCGGGGCCUCCGCUCGCUGUGGGCUCGUCAUGGAGACCCAGCCGCGGCCUUUCCAGCUGGUGGUGUUGGGCGCGUCUGGCUUCACCGGCCAGUUCGUGACCGAGGAGGUGGCCCGGGAGCAGGUGUCCCCGGGGCGGAGCUCCCACCUGCCCUGGGCCGUGGCGGGCCGUUGCCGGGAGAAGCUGCAGCGCGUGCUGGAGCGGGCUGCCCUGAGGCUGGGAAGACCGACGCUGCCAUCUGAAGUUGGAACAAUAAUUUGUGAUAUCACUAAUCCAGCCUCACUUGAUGAAAUGGCUAAACAGGCAGCCGUUGUCCUCAAUUGCGUAGGCCCAUAUCGAUUUUAUGGAGAACCUGUAGUAAAAGCAUGUAUUGAAAAUGGAGCUAGCUGUAUUGACAUCUGUGGAGAACCUCAGUUUCUGGAGCUGAUGUAUUGGAAGUAUCAUGAGAAAGCUGCAGAAAAAGGUGUUUAUAUUGUUGGAAGCAGUGGCUUUGACUCCAUUCCAGCAGAUCUGGGAGUAAUAUAUACCAGAAAUAAAAUGAAUGGUACUUUGACUGCUGUGGAGAGUUUCCUGACUGUACAUUCAGGACCUGAGGGGAUGUGCAUUCAUGAUGGUACCUGGAAGUCAGCAAUUUAUGGUUUUGGAGAUCAGAGUAAUUUGAAAAAACUACGAAAUGAGUCAAAUCUGAAACCUGUCCCAAUUGUUGGUCCAAAAUUGAAAAGAAGGUGGCCAAUUUCUUACUGCAGAGAACUCAACAGCUAUUCCAUUCCUUUCAUGGGAGCGGAUGCGUCUGUUGUGAGACGGACUCAGCGUUACUUGCAUGAAAAUUUAGAGGAAUCACCUGUUCAGUAUGCUGCCUAUGUAACUGUGGGAGGCAUCACCUCUGUUAUUAAGCUGAUGUUUGCAGGCCUUUUCUUCUUAUUCUUUGUGAAGUUUGGCAUUGGAAGGCAACUUCUCAUAAAAUUCCCAUGGCUCUUCUCCUUUGGUUAUUUUUCCAAACAAGGUCCAACACAAAAACAGAUUGAUGCCUCAUCAUUUACAAUGACAUUUUUUGGUCAAGGAUACAGCCAAGGCUUUGGCCCUGAUAAGAACAAACCAAAUAUCAGAAUUUGUACUCAGGUGAAAGGACCAGAGGCUGGCUAUGUGGCCACACCCAUAGCCAUGGUCCAGGCAGCCUUGACUCUCCUAAGUGAUGCCUCUGACCUUCCUAAGGCGGGCGGGGUCUUCACACCUGGAGCAGCUUUCUCCAGAACAAAGUUGAUUGACAGACUCAACCAACGUGGCAUUGAAUUUAGUGUCAUUAGCAGCUCUGAAGUCUAAACAUUUACAGAAUUAACCAAAGUCAUAAAAUGCAUGAAUUAACAGCUUUUUUAUUUGAUAUUUGAAAUUCUUCUAUAAGCCUGUCUGACUGUAUGUGGAAAAGAUUGUCAAAUUUAAAAUGUGUACACAUUAAAAGCAGGAAAUUGUACUAGCUUACCCUAAAUUUCAAAUCUUAGCUGAUUCUGUGAUUUCAUUGCUUGUGAGAGAGAACUGAUAUUUGACUGACUUUUUCAUUGAAGAAUGCAUGGUCGGUGUUUAUAAGUAAGCUGGCAGAUUAGAGGGUGGGGAGGGUAUGUCUGUAUGUGUCGCUCACAGAUUCCUUGAUGAGGUGCCUAGGCUUGUUCUGUAAGGCAGUCCCUGCUGCUUCCUUCCAUGCUACUGAGUGGGAUCUCACUUUCCGGUGAGUUUCCCUGUCAAUUGUGUGGGCCUCUGCCAGAUGAAACUGUAUUCUUUUGCUAUUUUAGCCUAGUUUUUGCCUAUCUAUGCUGACUGCUUUUGGACUAAGUUGAGUAAUAAAGGGUUGUCAGUUGA